AUGUUCUCCUCUCUCUUUUCAACUGCACCCCCUGUCGAUCCGAAGGCUCCAAACUUAUUCCCUGUCUCGGAGAAUUCAGAUCUUCUCGGGGAGCUAGAGCCGAAGGAUCUUGAGUGGACAUGUGCAGGAGGCUUCGUAGCAGAGACUCAGACAUUUUAUCACUUCCUACAGGAUGGGACGAUGUUGAUGUGUCAAGUGAUCCACUCGUCAAUCGGCAUGUGGUACCCUACCAUUCAGUUCACAUGCAAGAUUUACAACCCCACAACGAAAGAAACGAUUUGGCGUUCUCUCAAUGUUACAAACUUUACAACCGCUCCCCCUGGUCUUGACAAGAGAUCCAGCAAGGCAGAUCAAUUCUCUAUCACCCACAAGCCUUCCUCGGAUGAUUCUUAUCCUGAAAUGUACACGAUUCGCGCGAACCUCUCAGACGACUUGCAGAUAUCACUCGAUGUCUCACGACCCUCUGCUGUACCCGGGUUCAAGAUUGGCAAGGGGCCAAAAGGGGGAUACUCGUACUUUGGGUCAGAUCAACAGAAACCGGAUGGUUAUGUUGUCCAUCGCUUCUGGCCUCGUACUAAAGCCAGUGGUCACAUCAUCCAUAAUGGCCGUGCAAUCGUUGCCGAGGGCCAUGGCAUGCUCGUUCAUGCUAUCCAAGGCAUGCGUCCAAACUUGAUUGCAUCGCGAUGGAAUUUCGCGAACUUCCAAAGCGACGCCUAUGGUGGCGUGUCUGCAAUUCAAAUGGAAUUCACAACUGUGGAUACCCAUGGACGCCACGGACCUGGCUCCGGCGGAGUCUUAGUGAACAUUGGUUCAUUAGUGCUUGGUGGGAAGCUAGCUGUGGUCACGGCAGAGACUAAAUGGCCAGGCGAAGAACAAUCUGUGAAAGCUGUGAUGUCGCGUGCCCAUCACCUCAACCCUGUCCAUGAUCCGGAUACUGGCUACAUGCAACCUACUGCGCUCGAGUUCCGUUGGGCAGGCCCGUCCCUGCUGCAGGGUGUGGACGGUUCUGUCGAUGCAUCUGUGCAUCUUGAUGUUGGCAGUCCAUCUUCACCUAAGGCGUUAAUCGAGAAGGUGGACGUCCUCGCAGAGAUCCCCUAUGUUAUCAAAACGAUGGUCAAUUACGUUGCAGGCACAAAGCCAUACAUUUAUCAGUGGCAAGACAACGUCAAGCUUGUUGUGCGUGGUCCAGAUGCAAUUAUCCCCGGGCUUUCCGAAGGCUUAGAUGUAGAAGGAGUGCUAUACACGGAAGCCUCGUUCAUAUCUUAG